AUCAAUUAGCUCAUGAAGAAGCAUUGAGGAAUUGGAUCUUUCAAACAACAAUCUAUCCGGCGAAAUUCCGAGGUUCUUAGAGGCCUUUCCCUUCUUGGGGAUUCUGAAUUUAUCCUAUAACAAUUUUGAAGGAAUGUUACCAACUGAGGGCGUCUUCAAGAAUGCGAGUGCCACUUUUAUUACUGGAAACAAGUUGUGUGGAGGAAUCCCAGAAUUUGGACUUCCUAAAUGCAUCUCUCCACACUUCAAGAACAAAGGAGUAGUUCGUAAAUUGAAACUCACGCUCUCUAUUCUCUUUGCACUUCUAGGGGUGGUUCUCGUUCUGGUUUUUGUGUAUGUAUGCUGGUUGAAGAAGAAGAAAGCUGAACAACCGACUUUAAGUUCCAUAGAUGAGAUCUGGCAAAACUUAUCUUAUGGGACUCUACUUAAAGCAACUGACGGUUUUUCUUCAACUAAUUUGAUCGGUGUUGGCAGUUUUGGAUCUGUUUAUAGGGGAAUACUCCAGGAGGAUGGAACUAACGUCGCUGUGAAGGUGCUUAAUUUAACACGUCAAGGUGCUUUGAAGAGCUUCAAAGCCGAGUGCGAGGCUCUAAAGCAUAUCAAACACCGAAAUCUUUUGAAGGUACUAACUGUAUGCUCAGGUACUGAUUAUGACGGAAAUGAUUUUAAGGCUUUGGUCUAUGAGUUCAUGAUCAAUGGUAGCCUUGAAGAGUGGUUGCACCCAUAUCCAAUACCGAUUGAUGCAAACGGGGCUUCAAAAAAUUUGAGUUUCAUCCAACGGAUAGAGAUUUCCAUUGACAUUGCUUUUGCAUUGGACUAUCUUCAUAACCAAUGCCACAUUGCCACAGUUCAUUGUGAUCUAAAGCCAAGCAAUGUCCUUUUAGACAUUGAGAUGGUUGGACAUGUUGGUGAUUUUGGAUUGGCAAAGAUCAUCCUUGAAUCCGCAUUUGACGCGAACACAAAUAUAAGCUCAGCUGGUUUGCGAGGGACAAUUGGUUAUGCAGCUCCAGAAUAUGGAAUGGGUAGUGCAGUUUCCAUUAAAGGUGAUGUCUACAGUUAUGGCAUUCUCUUGCUAGAGAUGUUCACAGGAAUCAGGCCCACGGCUGAGAUAUUCAAAGAAAAUUUGAACCUGCAUAUUUUUGUUGAGGAAGCUUUGCCUGAUCGAGUCCUAGAGAUUACCGAUCCCAUUCUAGUUCGAGAAGUGGAGAGCUACGCAGGGGAAAGCAGAAAGAGGACGGUCCAGGAUUGUCUGCUAAUGGUCUACGGAAUUGGGAUCGCUUGCUCAGUUGGAGUGCCAGGAGAUCGAAUAAGCAUCACAGAUGUAGCAGCUCAACUAUGUUCGAUUAGGGACAGGCUUUACGCAGCUGGCUUACGAGGACAGGUGAUAUACUAAAGCAAUAAACUCAACUCUCCGCUAAUGGGAAGAUGAAGCCAUGGAGGUAACAGAGUCAUCGUGCAGAAUGUAAAGUGGGGCAGAUGCUUUCCUAACGUAUCGUGUGGUUGGUGAAUUGAGUUCUGAUAUAUAUCAUAAAUAGGAUAGAGCGUGAAGAACAAAGGUGUGUUUCAAUGUUCCUUUUAAAAUGAAAGUUGGCGGCGUGUGAGAAGUGAACAAAAUACUUGGAAUGUUGCUGUUUUAUAUCAGCGCUACUGUAUAUUUGAAAUUUGGAAUCAUGAAAAGAGAGGCAUUCAUGCAUGCCUGUAUAUGUCUCAUAAAGCUAUGCAAGCAAG